AAUGAAUCUGCCGCCACAUAAGCAAGAGUGUGAAACAGUAGUCCCACACUGUCACACCCAAACCCCCUACUGCCAUAGCCCAUAGCCCACCACCUAGAGAGAGAGAGAGAGACGGAGGGGACGAGAGGAAGCAGACGAGACCCACGGUAGUGGCAGAGUUGUUGUUGGCUGUGCACUGCGCCAGCUGCGCACGCUAGUAUCGUCCACCCCCUCAGCCGGUGUCCAGUCUCUUCACACUCUCUGUCUGCUGCCCUCCCCCACCAGGCCACCACCAACAUGAUAACAUCCACGGAUCCACCUCCACCGCCGCCGCCACCUCCCUUUCCACCUCCGCAGCCACACCACUCAGAGCCCCGCAUUCUUUCUCCACCAACCUUUCUUAUCCUGCCCCCCACCAUCCCUCUCCCCCUACCUUACGCUUCUCCUCCUCCACCGCCGCCGCUGCCACUCCUAUCCUCCGCCUCGACCCAUGUCCACGCCUCCCCGAAAAUUCCCCCUCCCCUGCUGGACCCACGACGAGACACUCGCCCUCAUCGACGCCUACCGCGAAAAAUGGUACUCUCUUCACCGCGCCAGCCUCCGCGCCCCUGACUGGGACAAUGUCGCCGCCACCGUCGCCCGCCGCUGCAACCUCGUCUCGCCGCCCAAGACCGCCGUCCAGUGCCGCCACAAGAUCGAGAAGCUCCGCAAGCGUUACCGCUCUGAGAAGCACCGAUCCGUCUCCUACCCGGGCCGAUUCUUCUCCUCCUGGGUUUUCUUCCCCAACAUGGAUUCCAUGGAAAUUGGGCUCUCCUCGGCUGUCGGAUCGAACCGAAAUCCGAAUCCCAGAGGGUCCAGGAUGAAGAAUUGCCGCAGAGUUGAAGGGAAAUCUAGUCAUAAUUUUGAUACUGAUCGCAAACUCGAUGGAGACAUGGGUGUCGGUGGUCAAGGGUUUUGGGGAAAAACCCUAGUUGAUUUUGAUCAUGAUGCCAAUGAUAUAGCAACCCCAGCUGAUUGGAAUUGUCGCAAGAUGGAUAGUAGUAAUUGUAACAAACCCAAGUGUUCUGCUGUUGAAUCCCAUUACAAUGCUGACGACGAAGUCGAAGCCACUGGUGUGUUUAGCACAAGAACUCCAGUACUUGGAGCAAAGAAGAACGGGAAGGUAUAUGGGAUUUCUAGCCCCGAUGUUGAUAGAUCGUCUUCUUCUGCAUACAGAUUCGGGAAGAGGAGUGUGGAUGGUGGGAGUAAGAGAGUGGUGAAUCCAAUUGCAGAUAUGAUAUCUGCAAUUAAAUUACUGGGGGAUGGAUACGUGAAGAUGGAGAAGAUGAAGAUGGAAAUGGCCAGAGAGAUGGAAAAAAUGCGAAUGGAAAUGGAAAUGAAGCGCAUCGAAGUGAUAAUCGAGUCACAGCAGCAGAUUGUGGAUGCUUUUGUUUCAAGGAUUUUGGAGGAGAAGAAGAAGAAGAAGAAGAUGAAACUGGUGUUGCCUGAUUCCUAGUCUUGGAUGAGAAUGGUACAAAGCAGUAUGAGGUUUUGGUUUGGGAAUGGGAAGACUUGUGACGAUGUUCAGUGACUGGGUUUCCCAUGACCUUCCUGGGAACAGGAACCACCGAGUUUUGUUCUUUAUGCUGGCUGGAUCCUUUUUGUUGGUAGAUUCUUACUCUCUCCUUGUUAAUUCUGAUCUUACUACCAAAAGUAUGUAUAUGUCCUUUCUUCUUUCCUUGUUUUUUUUAGGAGUAGAAUUUUAGCGUACUGAAUCUGAAGCAGUCAAGGAAAGGAAGGUUUUCCUUCUGAUGAUGUAAUGGAAUCAGGCUUUUCAUCAAUGUUAAAAAACAAAACUUCCAUCAACUAACAAUAGAUUUUGGGGAGAUUUUCCAUUAA